AUGUACCGCGUCCUAGGUACACAUCCUAGGGAACUCCAAGAGUGCAGAACGGCAGAACCAGUGCCAACCAAGGUAUUGGCACGGGUGAUUGCGGACCGAAUGAAGACGGUGUUGCACCAGGUCGUAUCCCCGGAGCAGUAUGGUUUUAUCCCCGGCAGGCGGCUGUCGGAUGCGGUAUCCCUGGUGGCGGACAUUAUCGAGGCCGCAAGGAAUGGAAGCAAGGACUGGCACCUGCUUCUGGUCGAUUUUCAGAAAGCUUUUGACUCGGUCUCCCGUAGUUUCCUCUUCCAAGUGUUGCGCGGCAUGGGCUUUCCUGAUCGGUUCGUGGGGUGGAUCGAGGGCCUGCACAGAGACACGAAUACGCGGUUGUUAAUCAAUGGAUGGCUGGGCGAGGGACUGGAGGUGGUCUCAGGGGUUCGACAAGGUUGCCCUCUGGCGCCUUAUCUCUUCCUGUGUGCUGUGGAGCCGUUGGCGCAGGAGGUGGAGCGAAGGAAACUUGGCUUGUCUGAGGCGGGGCGGCAGCUCGGUUAUCUGGGCUAUGCUGAUGACACGACGCUGGUCCUGCAGGGGAAGCAGCAGAUCGUCAGAGCGGUGCAGUUGCUGUCAGAGUUCGAGAAGGUCUCGGGGCUUGCGACUAAUGCGGACAAAACGGUGGUCCUACCUUUAGGUGUAAACACUCGGGUAAAUGGCGGCACUCUGUGUGGCUUCAAGCGGGCUGGUGCGGACGAUGCAGAGAGGCUGUUGGGCGUCUGGGUGACCCCCUCCGGCAGCGGCUUACCGACCUGGGAAAAGGCGCUGGGGCACAUCAGCGGGGAGUUAGUCAAGUGGAAGCAGAAAUACCUCACAACAUCGGCAAGAGCGACGGUGGUGAACAGUUACAUCACGCCGAUAAUCGCAUUUCAGGCUCAAGUGUACUCGCCCCCGGCGGCCAUCUGGGAAGAGCUGAUGAGGCUGAUUCAGGGCUUCAUCUCCGAGAAUAGGGUCUCGGGAGCGAAGGGUUUCCAGCUCUGGAGCAGGGAGUUGCUGUUCAAGUCUAGAGCGGCCGGAGGGAUUGGAGUCAGGGACCCAGAGAUGAUCAUCAUGUGCCUGGCCGCAAGGAGGGUGGGGCUGUUCCUUAUUGAGCGCAACCUGCUGAAGAAGGAGAUCAUGACGCUGGCAGCGGACCUCCCCCUCGGAGCGGAUACUUUCGAGACGCACGAGAAGCUGAUUAAGCACUGGUCCGGUCGGGGCAUUCGCUGGAAGCAGACGUGUGAAAUCUUCUUGCGAUCUCCUUUUGGGACCCGCGCUCCAGCUGGCAACAGGGAGGAAGUGCUGCGGGAAAGUAUCUUCUUUAACCGGGAGAUUCUAUUAAACGGUACUACGCCUGUCGGAGGGCAACAGGAUGCUCAGCGCCUGAAAGGGGUCCGCCUGGGGAUCUGCUGA